AUGCCGAAAUCUUCACAAUCGAGGAAGAAGAGGAAAACUGGCGGCAACAGUAGGACCCGGCGUGAACAAAAUACAACCGAUGAGUUACUGUUGGCGUCUGAUCAUGAAGCCGAGCAAAUUGUCAAUGAGUGUAUAGAUCUUCUAGCUGCGGCCGAUGAAAACCCGAUUGAACUCGAAACACCGCAAGACAACGAGCCUCCAAUCCAAGAGGGAGUACCAAGUACUGGCGGGGAACAAGAAUUGGCGCCCUCCAAUGAACUAGAAUCACAGCUUACCGGAGAACCUGAGGGGAUAGCUGCUAAUGAACCCGAAGGAGGAACCAUUGGCGGACCGGAGGCAGAAUUUACUAUCGAUGAUCCUGAGCAAGGAAUGUUCGUUGAGAUAAACACAGAAUUCAGAGCUUAUAUAAAUGAGUUUGAACGGGGAACCAUUGAUCCCGAUGGACGAGAAUGGGAACCAAAAACUACUCUGGGCGAGCCUGAACGUCAACCCUUCAAUGCAUUGCAGUCGGAAUUCUCGGAAUACAUUGAGCCUUGGAGAUUAACUGUCAAUGAACCGGAACCCAAGCCUGCUGACGAACUGGAACCAAGAGCUAUCGAUGAAUCCAAGCCAGCGGCCGCUGAUGGGUCUGUGGCACAAUACAUUUAUGAAUUGGAUCCAAUAGUGGACUUUGAGCUCCCGAGCGAACAGGACAGGGAGAAUUUUCAGAAAAUAAACAUCACGCCUUUCGAUGAGUGGGAAUCAAAUUUUGUAAGAAAACAGGCCGAGCGACGUAAGGAGGAACGGGCAGAUGGAUCUUCCGGAAGAGAACCGGACCAUAAUUCGGCACCCGCAGAUCCUGUUGACGCUGGAUCUCUAGUAGAUAGUUAUAAUGUUCCAGGCCAACAAUCCUCCCCUCAAAUAUGCGCCCCGGUUCCCCAAGCGCCCCAGCUGCCAUCUUUCUUCGAUCCUCCUUUAUUCUCCAGCCCUCCCCACUCAUCGCUAUGGGAGCCUGCGAACUUCUUCCCGCCCCUGGAACCCCACCUUUCAGCCACCACGCUUGAGUCGCACCCUCCUACUGAAGCCGCUCGGGAAGGUAUUAGUGACGACGACAUUUUUUCUCAAUUUGGGAUAUUCCCAGGUCCAGACGGUUUACUGGCAGUCAUGGGGCGAACAGACAGCCCUAAACGUGCACGUGGGAGCCGUUCGUGUUCUCCGUCAACUGCGAUAACAUUCUCAAAUUCGGAAACUGGUAUGGGUGCAAGUGAAGGCGCUACUAGCAAUGUAGUCGAUGAUCCUGGUAGCCGUCCGGUGACCGCAGAUAAUGUAGUUCCGAAUGAAUCUCGUGCCCCAAGAAAUAACCAACAGUCCGAUCCAGACUAUUCCCCCACGAAUAGGUUCAUUAUUAGACCAUAUAGGCCGUAUCGAUACCGACCCAGAUAUGUCGAUGCGAGCACCCAGACAGACCCUAUAAUGAGUGUCCUCGAUGAACUUGUACCAGAGAACCCUUGGGAUCGUUUGGGUCGGCUGCCCGAAGGAUCUCCUAGAAAGCUAGCUCCUCUACUAUAUCCCCUCGGAAGGGGUGAUCCUGCUUAUCAUUUGCUCGUGCACGGUAAUUCGAUGGGAUACGAACCUCGCGAGAUCUUGGAACCAUUAUAUAGUGAACGUCCGCCGUCAAUAUUAGAACCACCAAUACCCGACCCACUCUUUCGAAUGCCUUAUCGGAUGCAGCCUAUAGUGGAUCUAAAGUGGACGCAAAACAAUACUCAGUCGGUAUUGGGGCGGAAAUAUAACAACUGGGCAGGUCCGGGGCACCGAUUAGGAGGCGGGGAUGAGCCUCAGCCUCGGCCUCAGCCUCAGCAAAGUCAAGAGCGAAUUGUCGAGUCUCCUCGACCUACCUUGGUACCAUUAGCAGAACUCCUAGGACAGCACCAAGCCCCAGUACACCCAUUAGAGCGUGAUCAAAAUCCAGGACACCGGCUAGGACGUAAUCAUAAUCCGGAGCAAUUGGAGCAAAACAAAAAUCAAGGACAACAGUUAGAGUAUAAUCAAAAUCAGGGACAACAGCUAGGGCAUAAUCAAAAUCAAGAACAACAGCUAAGGCGGAACCAAUACUCAGAACAACAGCUAUCGCAUAAUCAAAAUCAAGGACAUCAGCUGCCGCAUAAUCAAAAUCAAGGACAGCAGUUAAGGCAGAACCAGUACCCAGAACAUGUACAGCAGCUAGGGCCGCACCAAUACCCAGGGCAGCAGCCGGGAGGUAGCCAAUACCCAGAACAGCGGCCGGGAUAUAACCAAUACUCAGAACAGCAGCCAGCAUAUAACCAGUAUCCAGAACAGCAGCCAGGCUAUAACCAAUACCCAGGACAGCAGCCAGCCGGACACAGUCAAUACCGAGAACAGCGGCUGGGAUAUAACCAAUACCCAGAACAGCAGCCGGGAUACAGCCAAUACCCAGGGCAGCAGCCAGAAUAUAUUCAAUAUUCAGGACAGCGGCUGGGUCAUAACCAAUACCCAGAACAGCAGCAAGGGCACGGCCAAUACCCAGGAGAGCAGCCGGGAUAUAAUCAAUAUCUAGGACAGCAGCUAAGAGAUAACCAAUACCCGAGGCAGCAGUUAGAAUAUAAUCAAUAUCUAGAACAGCAGCUGGGUUAUAGCCAAUACCCGGGACAGCAGCCAGGGCACAGCCAAUACCCAGGGCAGCGGCCGGAUCAUACUCAAUACCCAGAACAGCAGCCAGGAUCAUGGAAUUACACACCUCGAGAACACCAAAUGGAGAAUAUAAGGCAAGUAGAUACCAAAACAGACCAGGCGGAGAACGAAAUUAUUGAACUGUCUGGGCCAUCUGGAAUUCCGAGAUCGCGUGGGCAAGUUGAUUCGGAUGGCAGACCAAUAGUAAAUCCGGUGGGACAUGCUUGUAAGUCUAUAUCCGAUGAACUUGUUCGUCAACAUAAAGAAAUUCAUGAGGAUUGUAGUAUUGAUCGAGAGUACCUGCAUCUAGUACAACGCCAAGUAAGGCUUCAGCAGGAAGUGGAAGAAAAUGUAGCGCGUCUCGAGCGUGAAAGGUCUGGUGGUUCCGGGGAAGGAGAGCCAUCAGAACGGGGUUCGCCUUCAGCACAAAAUUCACGAGACUCGGCACAAGAUUCGAUACAGCAGACUGAAGAUUCGCUACAACGGACUCAGGAUUCGACGCAAGGUACAAGCACUAGUGUGGGUCGGUGGUCCGGAGUUAUAAGAAAGAGGAAGCGUAAUUCACCAGGUUGGGAAGAAGACGAUGAAUGA